AUGUCUCUCUCAUUAAACCAGACUGAUCGGCCUGAAUUCUUCAUCCUGAUUGGAGUCCCCGGAAUGGAGGACAUUCAGAUCUGGUUCUCCCUCCCGGUGUUGAUCAUGUAUGUCCUCAUUGUCUUCGGGAACGUCUUGGUGUCCUACGUUAUAUUAUCAGAAGAAUCUUUCCACAAGCCCAUGUGUCUUCUCCUCUCUACUCUCUCCAUUGCUGAUGUACUUCUGGCCACAACAACGACCCCUAAAGUCCUCUCCAUCUUCUGGUUCAACUCCAGAGAGAUCAGCUUCGGGGCCUGCCUUGCCCAACUCUUCUUUGUCCACGCCUUCUCCAUGAUGGAAUCCACUAUUCUAUUGGCGAUGGCCUUUGACCGGUAUGUAGCCAUUUGUCACCCUCUGAGAUACACCUCAAUCCUCACCAAUGACACCGUUGCGAAGAUUGGAAUUGUGGCCAUAAUUCGAGGUUCGCUCUUCAUGGCUCCGGCGUCCUGCCUGAUAUUGAGGCUGUCCUACUGCCAGACCAACGUCAUCUCGCACUCGUACUGCGAACAUAUGGCGGUGGUGAAGAUAUCCUGCUCAGAUAUCACCAUCAAUCAGGUCUACGGUCUGACUGUGGCUCUGCUGGUGAUUGCCGUAGAUAUUUUGUGUAUAACCGUGUCCUAUGGCGCCAUCGUCAGGGCCGUCUUCAGACUAUCUUCUAUGGAAGCCCGUCGUAAGGCCUUGGGCACGUGUGGCCCCCAUUUUUGCGUCAUCCUGAUCUCCUACAUCCCGUCUCUCUUCUCCUCCUUUACUCACAGGUUUGGACAUGACAUGCCCCUCCAUAUUCAUAUCAUCCUGUCCAAUCUCUACAUUCUAGUCCCGCCCAUGUGUAAUCCCAUCAUCUACGGGGCCAGGACCAAGGAGAUCCGGGAGAGGAUUUUAUCCUUUGUUUCUCCUAGGCCCCCUUCUAAGAGUUUAUAAAGGUUUAAUAUCAAACCUCUUCUGGCACUUG